AUGAUUUGCCUUUCUGAAAGAAAACUCUCCAUUCAUUAAAACAAAGGAUUAAUUUAGCUACCUGAAAUAUCAAAAUCUUAAGAACUUCUAGUAAUGUCUUAAUUUAUAAAUUUAGAGAUUGAACAAUGGGGCGUUGUAAUCUGGUAAAUUUAAGAAAUAAACAAAAUAAUAAUCACCAGAGAGAGAUUCUUAUUAUUUAAAAUUGCCAUAAAUCAAUUAGAAGACUUAAGAAAAAACAGGCAACUUUUUCAUAUUAUCGAAAUCUCAAGUACAAACUUAAAAAAUGUAAUAUUUCACUUGUAAUAGACUUUAUGGGGAUACUUCAUUAGACAAUAUUAGUAAAUACAAUAAGCAAAGUUAAGAUAUCCAAAAUAAACACAAUCAUUAUAUUAAUAAAAUUGAAGAGUUGUAUAUGAUUACCAAAUAAC